AUGUUCAGAAACAGCCUGAAGAUGUUGCUGGGAGGAAAGACGCGUAAGAGCCCCGCAGGUCACACAGAGUCUGAGGGGUCGGACGUCAGGAUGAUGGAGGGAUUCACUCGCUCACUUCCCUCUUCUCCUCUACUCAACCUCCGCCUGGGGAAGAGACCCGGUGAGGGGGAGGAGUUGGGCCCCCCCCCCUCGGUGGAUGAAGCAGCUGACGCUCUGAUGACCCGGCUGGGCUUCCUGCUGGGGGAGAAGGUGGUCAGUGAGCCGGGGUCCUACAGACAGCAAGAUGAGCAGAGGAUCUCCCCCUCCUCCAGUCUGGCCAGCAGCAGCUCCUCACCCACCUCCACCCUGCCCCCUCCUGCAGGAGGGACCGGCAACAUCAACAACAAACACGCCUCCUCCACCCAGGCCUUCGUCACCUCCCCCACCUCCACCCUGGAGAGCCGGGACAGCGGCAUCAUAGCCACGCUCACCAGCUACUCUGCCGACUCGGCGGCGGAGCGGGACCAGGGUCCGGCUGACGGCAGCAGUGUGAAACUGUGGCAGCAGGGGGGGGGGCGGCCGGUGGUGGCCUCCGCUUCCUGUAUGGAAGCAACAGGAAGUGGGAAGGACGGCUUCCUGUACAGGGUGGAGGAAAGCAUGGCCGCCUCCACUUACAGCCUCAACAAACUCCACCCGGACCGAGGUUCCGCCCUCUCCAUCCCACUCUACCUCAUGCCCCGCCCCAACUCAGUCGCUGCCACCAGUUCUGCUCACUUGGAGGACCUUUCCUACCUGGAUGAUCCGCAGAGACUGGUCCCGUCCCGGACCUCCCUCAGGAUGCCCAGACAGAACUCUGGGAGUCGGAGUCAACAGGACCAGAGAGUUCGUUUCACCCCCUCUCUGAGCCUGAAGCCCCUCCACUUCGAGGUGCCCGGCCUCUCAUCUGAUUGGCUGUUCACCGGCAGGGAGUGGCUCUUUCAGGAAGUAGACGCUUGUCUCCGUGGCAGUGAUUCGUCGACCAGCCGCGGCGUUGUGAUCGUGGGCAACAUGGGCUUCGGGAAAACCGCCAUCAUCGCCCGCCUGGUGGCGCUCAGCUGUCAUGGCAACCGCCUCUCGCCAACCGGCAACCAGACGAUUCCCAAACAUAUGGAGGCCAUGUCUCUCUCCCAGGACUCUCUAGGAGGAGGAGGAGAGGAAGGAGGUGGUGGAGGAAGCUGUCCGGGAACACCUGAGAUGAGGAGGAGACAGGAGGAGGCUCUGAGGAGGCUGGCAGGACAGGUGGUCUCAUACCACUUCUGUCAGGCUGAUAACUGCCACACCUGUCUGGUCCCGGAGUUCGUCCACAACCUGGCGGCGAUGCUGAGCUCCACCCCCCAGCUGUCGGCCUAUCAGGAGCUGCUGCAGCAGUCGCCCCCCCUGCAGAGCACGCUCAGUCUUCGCUGCUGCAUCCAGGACCCGGGGGGGGCGCUGCAGAGGGGCAUCCUGCAGCCGCUGGACGCCCUGUACAGAGAGAGGAAGUUGCAGGUGGAGGGGGAGGGGCUUAUCGUCCUGAUUGACGGUCUUAACGAGGCGGAGUUCCACCGGCCUGAUUACGGAGACACGCUGACCUCCUUCCUGUCCAGAAACAUCCAGAAGUUUCCCUCCUGGUUGAAAGUCAUCACGACUGUGAGGACCGGGCAGCAGGAAAUCACUCGCUCGUUACCGUUCCACUGCAUCUCCCUGGACAGGAUGGAGGAGAACAGCGCUAUAGACCAGGACCUGCAGGGCUACCUGCUGCAGCGGAUCCACAGCAGUGCAGAGAUCCAGAGCAACGUGUCGCUCAGCAACGGUCGCCUCGACAACACGGCGCUGUCCAAGCUCAUCUCUCACCUGAAGACUCUGAGCCGGGGCUCCUACCUGUACCUGAAACUGACCCUGGACCUGAUCCAGGGGGGGUUCCUGGUCCUGAAAAGCUCCAGCUUCAAGGUGGUCCCUGUGAGUCUAGCAGAGGUUUACCUGUUGCAGCUCAACAUGCGUUUCCCUACCCAGUCGUCUUUCCAGAGAGUUCAGCCGCUGCUCAACGUCGCUGUAGCCUCGCUGCACCCACUGACCGACCAGCAGCUGUUUGAGGUUGUGAAUGCGAGCGCCGUGUCGGGGGGGCUGCUGAGCUGGGGGGAGUUUGUUCAGAGGAUGGAACAGCUGAACUCCUUCCUGCUGAGGAGGAGCGAUGGCAGCCGGAUGCUGAACCACAGCUCCUUUAGGGAGUGGCUGAUGUGGAGAGAGGAGGGACAGGACCUCCGCUUUGUCUGCGACCCCAGGAGCGGGCACACCCUGCUGGCCUUCUGGCUCUGCAGGCAGGGUGGCAAGCUGACCCGCCAGCAGACCCUGGAGCUGGGGCACCACAUCCUGAAGGCUCACAUCUACAAGGGUCUGAGUAAGAAGCUCGGGGUUUCCUCCUCAGUUCUGCAGGGGCUGUGGAUAUCCUACAGCACGGAGGGUCUGAGCCCCGCCCUGACAUCUCUGAGAAACCUGUACACCCCUAACAUAAAGGUGAGCCGGCUGCUGGUGAUGGGUGGGGCUGACGUGGACUCCCGCAGUGACGUCCUGAACAGCGCCCCCCUGCUGUGUGUGUACGCUCACCUGGGACACAGUGACGCCGUGGCUCUGCUGCUGGACCUCGGGGCUCAGGUGGACGCACAGUCACAUGACGGUCUCACUCCCCUGGGAUUCGCUGCUGCAGCCGGACACCUGGACAUCGUCACCAUGCUGAGUCAGCACAGCGCCAAGGCGGGUCACGUGGACGGAUCAGGACGCUGCGUGUUGGUUCUCGCCGCACAGCGAGGACGCGUCGCCGUGCUGCGCUUCCUGCUGCGCCGCGCAGACUGGAGCUGCACUGCCUGCUGCAGCCAGAGGGGGCCGAGCCGGAGCCGAGCGCUGCAGCAGGCCCUGACCGCUGCGGCCAGCAUGGGGCACACCGAGAUGGUGUCUCACCUGCUGGAUCUCCCUGAGGAAGAGGAGGAGAAACCAGAGAUCAACACAGCGGACAGCCUGUGGGGAGAGACAGCUCUGACAGCAGCAGCAGGAAGUGGUCGUCUGUCUGUCUGCAGGAUGCUGCUGGAUCAGGGAGCGUCCGUGGAGCAGAGCAACAAGAGGGGGGAGAAACCUCUGUUCAGUGCUGUGAGGAGGGGGGCCAGACAGGUGGUGGAGCUGCUGCUGAGUCGGGGGGUGGAGGUGGACUCAGUGGAUCAGCAGGGUCGGACCCCUCUGAUGGCGGCUGCUUCAGAGGGACACGAAGACACCGCCCAGCUGCUCCUGGAUCAGGGAGCGUGUCUGGAUCAGGCGGACAGAGAGGGUCUGACUCCGCUCAGCUGGGCGUGUCUUAAAGGUCGUCUCUCAUUGGUCAGAGUGUUGGUGGAGCGCGGCGCCGCCACCAGUCACGCCGACCGCAGCGGACGAACGCCUCUGGACCUGGCUGCUUUCCGCGGCGACCCGGAAGUGGUGCAGCUGCUGGUGGAUCACGGCGCCUCGGUGGAGCACAUGGACUGCAGCGGGAUGCGUCCUCUGGACCGGGCCGUCGGCUGCAGGAACACCUCGGCCGUCAUCGCUCUGCUCAGGAAGGGAGCCAAGAUCGGACCAGCAACCUGGGCCAUGGCGACAUCUAAACCCGACAUCUUAAUGGUUCUGCUCAGUAAACUGAUCCAAGAGGGAGACAGACUGUACAAGCUGGGCUCGGUGCAGGAAGCCUCCCUCUCCUAUCAGGCGGCUCUGCAAAAGUUCCCUGGUGACGACGUGAAGACGUUCCGGCAGCUCCGAGUGUGUGUGCUGCUCAACCUGUCGCGCUGCCACCGCAAGCUGAGCGACUUCGGCCUGGCGGAGGAGUUUGCCACCCGGGCUCUGGAGCUGAAGGUUAAGUCCUACGAAGCAUUUUACGCCCGAGCCCGAGCCAAGCGUGGACGCAGACAGUACCACGCAGCUCUGGAGGAUCUGAUCGAGGCCAGCUGCCUCUGCCCGUCCAACCGGGAGAUCCAGCGCCUCCUGACCCGGGUCAAAGAGGAGUGUCGUCAGGCGGCCCAGCAACAAGAGCCCCAACCUCCUCCGUCACAUGGAGUCUAUCAACAACAAGACCCCCAAUCUCCUCCGUCACAUGGAGUCUAUCAACAAGACCUGGCUAGAGACUCAGAGUUUAUGCAGGAUCAGGACAGGAAGUGGGGAACUGAGGAAGAGGAGGAGGAAGAAGGGAGUCACAACCACCCUCCAACUGUGGUUCAAAGCCUGGACACCCACUGUCGGCCUGGGGGUCCAUCGCCCUCCUCCAUAUCUCCCACUCACCUGUACCGGCAGCAUCACAGCCCCACCCACCAGUUCAGUCCCCCUUCCUCCCCGAUGCAAGAAAGCACGCCUUCAUUCUCAGGGAACGGUCUGCAGCACCAUCCACAGCCGGCUCCUCACCCCUCAGACCAGAUCCAGGGACACCAUCAGUCAAACCAGAGGUCGUUCCAGCAUCAGCACCCCGUUCAAAGCCAGUGGCUCCAGCCCACCAAAGCCCAGGUGAUCAGAACCAGUCAGCCCUUUUCCUCUGCAAACUCCGGGAUGGUUCUGGGAGGUUCUGUUUACUCGCAGUUCGGCCAACUGCCUCAGGAACUUGCGGAGCUCGGCGAAGGGAUUUACCCCCUCGACAUGGUCCAGACUGGCUUGAGCUCAGGAGCCUAUGGGAGAGAUGGGGGAGGCGAGAGGUCUGUUGGGGUGAACAGGUUCGUCCCGGCCCAUCAGUUCAGUCGCAACAAAGCCGCGUACUACCCCAUGGAAGUUACUGAGUUACCACCUGAAAACCUCCCGCCGUCACACGAUUACCAGUACCACCAUCAGGGGGGGGUACGACGCCCUCUUAGCUCCCACCCUAACUCCUCCCCCGCUCCUCCCCCCCGGCCCCUGGUUCACUCCCAGAGCUCCAGUGUCCGGUUCUCCAGCGGCAGCAUAACUAACCCCGGCUUCAGGACAUCGGCCUCCGCCCAGCACAUGGACAUCCCUUUAGAUCUGAACACCGUGGGGGGGUACCAUGACGACCUCUUCCUGAUCUCCUCCCCCCAGCCAGAGGUGUGCAUGGUGGGAGGCGGGACUUACCCUGGGGAGGCGGGGCGGUCGUCCAGGAACACUCCUUUUAUGGGCGUAGUGGACAGGACGGCGAGUGUCCAACAGCAGUUUCAGCAACAAACCACAUCCGGUUCUGCUUCCUGCCUCAGCCCGUCCAGAUCCUGGGCCGUGUCUUCGGUGGACACUGUCGUCACGUCGCCGAGCAAAACCCCCAACAACCAGGGAGGCUUCGGUCCGUCCUCCAUCGCCUACUACAACCGCAGCAACAACAACGCCCACAACGACAACCAGCUGGACUACUACCCUCAGGGCGAGGGGUCAGGGAAGGUGGCCCGUCAGAACCCGUCCUACCGGGACGUGAAGCUGGCUCGGACGCUGCCGGUGAUCCACAACAGCUCGGACGGUACGAGGGACAGGAAGACCGGUCCAACGUCUCCAGUCAAACCGAAAAGACCUUUUGUGGAGUCGAACGUUUAGAGAAAGGUUGUUGGGUCAGAGAAAAGGGAAGAGGGUCAGUGCACUCAGAUAUCCCAGUAUUCCCAACAGCUGUGGAAGUAUUUAGACUGGGAUAAACUGGAAAUGAACCACAUGUAGAGGGGCAAGGCGCAAUAAACGUGAAAUGAGGGUCACAACACACGCUGUUCUUGAAGGAGGGGCUGGUGUAGGGUUGCACUCGUACACAAAAAGGGAUUGAAGCACUUCUUUCCAAACGUACUGACUUCUUUGUUGUGGAGAAAACGUAGGAAAAACAUCACGUUUCAUCAAGAACAUAUCACCUGUUUCAGGUCCGUCGAUUAACAAGCCAGAGACAAAGAGAUAUGAGGGAUCAAACAUCGGACACUGCCAUUAUCAAGCACAACAGGGACGAGUAGAGCGGGAGGAUCCAGAACGAAACCAGAGAGAGACGUUAGGCAGCAUUUAAAGAGAGUUCUUCAUCGUCUCCGGAGGCUGAACUGCUCGGUUCUGUGCCGUGUUCACAAACUCUAGACUGGGAUGUAUUCAGAGGGACUGGGAACCACCUCCACCCCCUGUUGUUUAAUGAAGAUACCAUUUUAGAUUUGAAGCUCCUACAUGACUGGAAACCUGGAUCCAGGCUCUGACCUGGUCCCCUACGACCCGGUUAUUGAAGAAGCACCGGCUGACCGUCUAUAAAAACUCAAAUAAGUGAUAUUUAUCUUUUCUAAGUUAUAUAUGUAUAAAUAGUGUUUCUCUGAAAACUGUAUACGACUUUGGGAUUUUCCUUUAUGUUUAUUUUGAGGGUUUUUCGCAGCCAUGAACAUCUGUUAAUAUUCUGCACAUGGAUCCCCUCUGAUGGACCGGGACCCUCUACCCUCACUGCCAUGGAGACAUAGUGCUAACAUGAGCUGCUGAUAGGCUCAAAUGACCCCCGAAACAGUGAUGGGCCAAUCGUGACUCAGCAACCAUCAUGCUAAAGUGGUGCUAAAGCUAAAGCUGAAUCCAGAGGUGACAUUCAGAGACAGCUGUGCAGUUUAUGAGGCAUCGGUGCAGUUCUGUCAGAGGCUGUUAGCCACUCUAUUUAAGGAUAGCUCCUUGAGAUGAACCAUGGGGGUCCAACAAAAAACAUAGCUACAAUGCAGAAAAUAUUCAGACAACAUACAUGCACAUCAGAACUCCCCCCCCCCCCCCACAAUACUGCCAUAAAUCCACAAUACCCGUAGCCUGCAGUAAAAUGCUACUCUGCUCCACCCACUUCCAAGGCGUUUUAUUAGCAUGUUCGUGGGGUUAAAGCUAAUCCAAAUGUUGGCCUUGUUUUUAGCUCCAUAUGUAGCCUUCAGGUUCAUAUUUAAAAUCUCUCUUACACGUUUCUUAUUUCAUUAAAAAGUGCAUGGAGUUUCCUGCUGAUUCAGCAAGCUAAUGCUAGCUUCAUUAACUCGCUGCACCUUGCGGCUCAGAUUUCAGAUGUGGUGUGAUAGAAAUAAGAACCAUGCUUUUAUCUACCUCUGGUGAAAUCAAGGAUCCAUUGGUGGGUGAUUCCCUGGUUGUGAACUGGAGAUGUGAGGAUAGAGAUCGAUGGGUGUGAGCAAAGAUAGAACAAUCCAGAGAGCUGUGUGCAGUUCUGAAGUAUUUCCUGCUCCUUAAAGCCUGUUUGAUGUACAUUUCUGUUCAUGUUUCUCAUGGAUCAGCAGCUGGUUUCAGAGCUGCUGACAGUCACUGCCGUUAUUUCUACAGCUCAGGGGUUUCCAUCUGUGUCGAGAUGAGCUAACGCUAUAAUACCCCGCCGUGAUCUUAGUCGGACUGCCGGGAGGAAGUACAUCACCAGUUAGUUGGUUCAAGACUCGUUUGAAAUGUGAUUUAGUGCAGAGAGCUCGUCAGUGAAGCCUUGUGUCGGGCUGUUCCUGUAGGAUGUGUAACACCGCAGGGCUCAUUCACUGUGUCAGAUAUAUUUAAAAACCCAGGAAAACAAAGAGGGCAUCAUUAUUAGAAAUGUAAAACAACAUGAAUACACGACAAAGACGAAUAAACCUGAAUGAAAUCUA